UGCUCAAGUCAUGGGAAAAAUUAAAUAAAAGGGAUUCGCUUCGGAUGGGAAACUGGAUUUGAGCUCAUUUCCUAUGCCCCGGUCAUGGAGAAAGGAGAGAGCUAAAAAAGAAAAGCCCAAAAGCCAUGCAAAAAGGGCAGAUCAAACUGACCCUUUCUGAUCCUUGCUCUUUAACUGUUCACAGCAGGUUCUUCCAAAAUCUGGGGCAGAAGGUUGGUUUCCAAUAUGAAUAUUCAGCUCAGGGAUGAAAACACCCACGUGGGCUGUCGGCAUGCCUGGCCACGGCGCUGAGCUGGGCAAAGGGACGCGAGCUGAAAGCAAGCAGGGCAGCACCCUGCUCUAGCCUCAGGGUUGGGAAAUUUUGUGUCUUCCUCCAUAAUAUUUUCCCUAGAGAGCAGGAAGGGGUGUAGAAGGAGAAGGAUAUUGCAAACCCCAAUGUGCUGCUGCAAAAAUGCCCCCAAGGUCAUCUUGCAUUCUCCCUAUUGAGAGGAUCAUCCCAUUUUGGUGCAUGGGACUGGGAGUGGGGUGGCACAGAGCCAGCUGCCCUCCCUCUCCAUCCUUUCCCUCCCUCCUGAGAUCAUUUUCCUGUGGAUCUGGAGGGUCCUGUAUUGGGGUGAGGGCUUCAUAGUCAGAAUCACAAGCAUUGUGAGUUGUAAAGGUGGAUUGAUUCGUUGUGGGGGGGUUGGUCGAGGAAGAGGAAGAGGAAGGAGGAAGGGAGGAAGACACUCUCUGCAGUGUGCCCAUCACCGGGGCAUCCCAGCAGCAAGAUGCCAGGGGAGCGCACACUGCGGCUGCAGCCUGGGAGCCGCAUCUAUGCACUGUGCGUGCUGGGCACCCACAUCGCCACCGACGUCUACGGGGCAGCCCCAGCUGGGGCGGUCGCCUUCGGGGUGAAGCACACAGAAGGGGUGAAUGUGGAGGUGGCUUUUCCGGGCCGAGCUGAGUCGGGUCUGCUGCCUGGUGUGUCGCACUGGCCACUGAAUGAGGGGACGGUACUGAGGUUCAGCAUGAGCCGGGCCAGUGUUGAAGUCAAUGAUAACAAGGUAAUUGUCAUCUUCUACACAGAGGGAGGACAGCCCAUUGACCAAGCCAGGGUCUUCCUCACUGGCAUUGGGAUCUCCCUGGAUGUCGAUGCAGAUAGAGACGGCGUAGUGGAAAAGAAUAACCCCAACAAGGCCAGCUGGACAUGGGGACCUGAGGGACAUGGGGCCAUCCUGCUGGUCACCUGCGACAGGGACAGCCCCUUGAGCCCUGCCCCAGAUUGUGAUGACGAAAGGGUAUUCAGCAAAGAAGAUUUGCUGGACAUGUCUCGGAUGGUGUUGAGGAUGGAAGGGCCACAGCAUCUGCCCCGGGGGUAUGAAAUUGUGCUCUACAUUCACAUCUCCGAUGCUGACAAAGUUGGGGUCUUCCACAUGCAAAACCCGUUCUUUGGGCAGCACUAUGUCCACGUGCUGGGCAGGAGGAAGCUGUGCCACAUUGUGCAGUAUACCGGUGGAGCUGCCGAGCUUGAGUUCUUCGUCGAGGGGCUGCAGUUUCCUGAUGAGUCCUUCCCCGGGCUGAUCUCCAUCCACGUCAGCCUCCUGGAGACCUUGGCUGAGGGAAUCCCCCUGUCGCCAAUUUUCACGGACACAGUGGUGUUCAGGGUAGCACCAUGGAUUAUGAUGCCCAACACGUUGGCACCGGAGAACGUCUUCGUCUGCAGUGUGAAGGACAACUACCUCUACAUCAAGGAGAUCAAAAACCUUGUCAACAAGGCCGGCUGUGACCUGAAGGUUUGCUUUGGCUACAUCAACCGUGGGGACCGCUGGAUGCAGGAUGAGAUCGAGUUUGGCUACACCCAGGCACCCCACAAAAGCUUUGCAGUGGUGCUGGACUCCCCCCAGGACACAGGGCUGGAGCAAUUCCCCAUAAAGGAGCUGCUGGGCCCCGAUUUUGGCUAUGUGCGCAGAGAGCCUCUCUUCAAAGCCAUCUCCAGUCUUGACUCCUUUGGCAACUUGGAGGUCAGCCCACCUGUCACUGCAGCGGGGAAGGAAUACCCACUGGGAAGGAUCCUCAUUGGCAGCAGCUUCCCCACCCCUGCAGGGAGGAGAAUGACCAGAGUGGUGCGGGAUUUCCUCUUCGCUCAGCAGGUGCAGGCUCCCGUGGAGCUCUUCUCCGACUGGUUGGCCAUGGGCCACGUCAAUGAGUUUGUCACUUUUGUGCCCAGCCCAGAUGCAAAGCAAUUUCGGAUGCUGAUGGCCAGCCCUGCAGCAUGCUACAAGCUCUUUCGGCAGAAGCAGAAGGAGGGCCUGGGUGAAGCAACCAUGUUCAAAGGGUACUCAGGAACAGACACAAAACGAGUGACCAUUAACAAGGUCCUUUCCAACGGCAUCAUGAUGCAGCAGAAUCAGUAUGUCCAGGUAACAGCCCAUAUUUCUGAAAACCAAUACCGUGAUAAUGGCCCAAGGGCGGCACAACUCUCGAGGGAGAAGUUGCAUUUAGGCAAAAACCACUCUCCUUCUGAUGAGACAAUGUCCAGAAGGCCAUUUUCAGGAACCUUGCUUGCCUGCUCGUCCCCCUGGUCCCUUCUUCUCCCCUCCCUCCAGCGCUGCAUUGACUGGAACAGGGACAUCCUCAAGAAAGAACUGGGCUUGACAGAGGAGGACAUCAUUGACCUGCCAGCCCUCUUCAAGCUUGACAAGGGCAAGGCCAUGCCAUACUUCCCCAACAUGGUCCCCAUGCUCAUCCUGUCCAAGGAGCUGGGCAUCCCCAAGCCCUUUGGCCCGCUGGUGGGAGGUGAGUGCUGCUUGGAGCACCACGUGCGCAGCCUCCUGGAGCCGCUGGGCCUGAGGUGCCGCUUCCUGGAGGACAUCUCCUCCUACCACGGGCGGCUUGGCGAGGUGCACUGCGGCACCAAUGUCCACCGCCGGCCCUUCACCUUCCGCUGGUGGCAUGUCAUGCCCUAGCCGGGCUGCCUCCAUGGCCCACUUUGUCAGCAUGUGUUGUUUUAAAUGUGGUGAGCUAAUAAAUUUGCUGUGAGAAAUGAGGCGGGGAGUGUUUUAAUAAUGGUGAGAAUGGUGAGAGGAGUGCUCAGAGAGGCACUGAGGUGAGGGAGCCAUUUUGAGCCUUGGCACCGCCAUUUCGCUGGGCCUAGCAUUGAGGCCCUCACACCUCCUCUGCGAAAAAGAAUUAGGACGGGGAUUACGUAUGAGUAUGUGGAGGGACACAGUGGUCUACCAGCUCCCGAAAAUGAGGGGAUCCAGGCGUGCUGGCCCACCACAUCCCCCUUGUGCCACACUCAACAUGGCACCCAUCCACACACAAUAUGACAACCAGCAGCAGCGCACCGCCCUCAGAGAGCACUUCUGGGGCGGAGCGGAAUUGCGCAGCGCUAAAAUGGCGGCGGCCGUGGUGGGAGUCUCCUUCAGGCGCUGCGUCCCCGCGCGGCUCCUGAGGGCUGGGCCGCGGCCGAUCUGUCGAGGAGCUCAGACGGCGGCUGCAGCUACAUCGCGUAUCAAGAAGUUUUCCAUCUACAGAUGGGAUCCUGAUAAGCCUGGGGACAAGCCCCGUAUGCAG